CCUGGAUUUAUCGACUUUUUGGUUACUUGAAAGGAAAGGAUUGGAUUCACUUCUGUUUUAGUUCAAAUAAAUGGACUCUGACACGACAUCGGUGGAGAACAUCCUCCUCCGGAGCAAGAUCCGAGGAUAUGCCCGGGAUCAACGCCUUGAGUGCCGCAUAAAGGCAAAGGACGCGAUGCGCAUUGGACUUGGUCAGGUGAUGGAGGAGGUGGCGGCACUGGAGAGCCUAGGCACCAAGGACGUCAUUGGAAUGGCAAACAGGAUCAAGCGCCGCAAGCAUGCCGCCUCCGAGGAUCUGUGCCGCCUGUCACUGGCCUUCCUCCAAGGCAUCGACAAUAGCAAUGCUUUUGCAGUCAUUCCAGGCGCUAUUCAAGUUCUGGUUAAAGAGCUCACUGGCCCCCACAUUCAGCGUCACAUAGAUGCCGUAGAGUGCCUGUGUAAUCUCUCCUUGGGCGAGGCGCAUGUCUCUGAGAAGAUUGCCAGCUUGGCGGGCAGCUACAUGGUCACAUAUCUCGAUGGCAAGGAGGAACGCCUGAAGCGCAGCUGCCUUUGGACGUUGGCCAACAUCCUGGCUACCUGUGAUAAGGCCGGCAGGACAUUGCUGCAAAUGCAACUGGUUCCCAAGUUGUGGCGGCUUUACAGCGAUCGAAAUGUUUGCCAGGAAGACGCAGGCAUCUGCCUUUUUCUGGUGGCCACCCACUGCCGGCAGCAUGUGAGCCCUGAUGACCGGCGGUACAUAGCCCAGAACCUGCACGAGAAGAAGCCGGAGGAUCCUGCUAGCGAAUACUUCAUGUACAUAGUACACCAACUGGAAAUUGUUGGACAGGAUCUCGAACUAGGAGUCAAACAAGCUGAGUGCCUGGUGCAUUUCUUUGAAGCCAGCUUAUCGUCAACUGCCGACAGUCCAUGCCUGACCUACGGGGUGCGUGUGAUGGCCAAUCUGGUGGCAAAAGGUGACCUGCAACUAUUGGGUGGUCUCGCAGAUCCACAGAACUUUGUAAAAAUUAUAAAUCACCUCUUCGCCCUGCGGGACCCUCAUCUCAACCCGGACUUGAUACGUUUGCUCAGGAAUUUUCUGCACUUCAACCUGUCAGACUCCAACAUGAUAUUGGAUAGUUUGCAAAUAUACGCGUAAGUUUCGAUAAAGUCUUGCGGAUCUCUUUAUUAGUCUGAUUAUACUUAAAAAGGAAGUACUUGAGUACGUGAGAAUGUAAAAUGAACAUGGAUUAUAGCUAUGCUAGGGUUAACCCCUAAAGAAAAACAAAAUAAAAUAAAUAAAUAAUAAACAUUGACAAAA